AGAGGAGGAGGAGGAGGAGGAGGAAGAGCGGGAUGAAGGAGCAGACAGAAAGACGACGGGACGAACAGGAAGAGAAGAAAUGAGGAAUCAACCUCGAGCUGCGCGCGACACCGGAACAAUCAACUCUCUGUUCGUUUGAUUCAUGAGAAGCUUUGGAUCCGAUACACACUCACACACACACUGUCCGCGUGCGUGUGGACGCGCGUGCACGUGCAGGUGUGCUGUUUGAGCUGUGCGCGGCCCCGUCACCUUGUUUUUGACCCGUGUCUGCGAGCCACGUGCGUGUCCGCGCGCGUGCUCAGCAUGUCGCAGCGUCACAGAGGAAACAACUCGCAGACAGCUGAUGUUCAUUAGUACAAGUGUGCGCGGCCACGCCCCCGUCCCGCACGCGACCACGCCCCCGUCCCGCACGCGGCGGAUCGAAGAGGAUCGAUCUGAUGCGUGAAGAAAGAAGACGAACCCUCAGAAGUGAAAGGAAGACAUGGCCGACUGAGCGACGUCCGAAACCAGGGGUCACAGCAUGGUGGAUACCAGCUCAGCUCACAGGAUGAACCCGCUCGCUGCCCUCAGCAUCGACCGCAACGCUCUGGUGGGGGAACACCUCCGCACCCAUGGAGGAAUGUUCUAUCCCAGCAUCCGUCCUCUUUCGGCUGAAAAGCCCCCGGAGCCUGGAACUUCUCUCCCACUUGGCUAUAAUGUUCUGUACAAACCUGAUGUAACGCUACUGGAUGGCCAGAAACCAGCCAAUGGAUAUGUUGGACUCUAUAAGAACCCAGCACCAGGGCUGCAGAAACCUCUUGUUGUCCCCGCUGCAGGAGCUGAUGGUGUGGGGCUCGUUCUACCCAGUAAUAAGCAGUCAGACCCAGGCCUGAAUGGUGCUGGUGGGUUCCUGAGGUUGCCCUGGAUCAGCCCUUAUGCUGAUGCAACAAUGUACCCCUUCCUGGACAUGGCAUACAAGGCCUCCUUCCUGUCCCAGCCAUCGGCCUUCAUCCACCAGCAGCUGGCAUAUCAGUCUUUGUGUGCCGCUGGGGCAGAAAGCAGCACAACUGGGGAAGACAGACUUUUCUACCAGCCUCGUUAUGCCCCGGCCCAUAUCUCCUCCCCGCUGGGUCCUCCAAUCACGAUCCCUUCGGCCAACCCAGCUCCUGCUGUCCUCUCACCCCUGCCCCACUGCCAGGACAAGGCUUUGCAGGGAAUUGGUCCUCAGGUACAACAGGAACCCUCUGCCUUCAGCACCAGUCCACAGAUUCGCCAGGAGCCUCAACAUACUCAGCGACAACAUGGCAGCAGUAGCAGUGGUGGAAGAAGUGGUGUCCCCGUUAACAGCUCAGCCUCCAGCGCUGCCAUAGAGUUACCCCCAGUGACCUGUCAUCCAUGUUCAGUUCCCUCACCCCAAUCCCUCAGCCACACCGCUACAGACGUCCAGAAGUCUGUCUACACAAACACCUCCUCAUCAUCAACGUCAAUUUCAGUGUCUCACCCUUUUUACAUGGCAGGCCUGAGCUCUGAACACUGCUCUCACAAGAACUCCGGCAGCAACAAAACCAAAGACACCAGCUCAGACCGCUGCAGUGUAGAGAAAUGUAAAUCACGUAUAAAGACAUCACUAGACCGAGCUGUACCUCAGAAGUCUGCCAAAACCCCUGGAGAAAGUCCUUUGGAUCUGUCUGCCAAAGAGUUGGAAGUAUUUGCAGAUGGAUUCCCAUCAAAAUUAGAGGCCCUGGCCAAAUUGGGGUGUUUACCACCAUCUCAUUAUGGUUUACUGGCCAGUCAAGGGGAGCGUUUAAAAGAGGGUCCACUUGUUACAUCAGUAAAGACUCCAGAUCAUCCUGAACUGAUCGGUACCGUGCCCUCCCCUUGGGUUGUUCCAGUUCCUUCCUCAGCUGUUGGCUCAGACCACUACAGACACUCCCAAAUAAUUCAAAGUGUAGACAAUAUUCCUCAUCGAUCACAAAACAAUAGUCCCAAUCCUGCCUCAGGGGGAAGACUUUCUGUAACGUCUCCAUCCCCAAAGUCCAAAGUUGAAUGGCCACAAGCCCUCGACACUGAUCUGGAGAAUGGUCCUCUAAACAACAAAAGAGAAACUCAUACAUUCUCUGGAAAACAGAUCAUAACUGCUGCUCAACCAGAGGCCCAGGAGAACCCACUUCAUCCACAGCAGCAACAGUCUCAUGUGGAAAACGGAAAUACCUCCAGCCAAAUCUUUGGUGAAUCCUACCUCCCUCCUGGCCUAGGAUACACCAACCGCUUCAUCCCUUAUUCAGUUGCUGAGAAUAUGUCCCUGCAACGCAUGUCCAUACCAGGCAAAGACACUGUCUACCCCCACUCAAUCUUUCUUGGCAGGAACUUUUACCCACCACACAUGGCACCAAAACAUGGCCUACCAUAUGGAGUACAUCUGUAUCAUAAUUCCCAGGAAUUGGCCCCAACAACCAUGUCAUCUUACCCUGGUCUUAAUACCAAAGACCGGCUUGAGAACAGAUCUAACAACCAGACUAAACUCUGUAACACAGAACUGUACAGGAAGGAUGCUGACAGCUCCCCAAAGAGUGACAAUGAGCGAGACAAGUCCACAAACCAAACCAUGAAGACUUCAGGAAAAAGCCUCACUGCUGUCAGAGAUGACAUAGUUUGUAUUGACCUGGUGCGCGAUGAGACAGACAAUGAUUUUUCCAGCAACAAACACAGCUCUCCAGCUACCAGAGCAGAGGAUUCCUCCAAACAAAAGGUCCUCCCUCCCAACCAAGCUGCAGAACGCAGGCCAAGUCCACAGAUUCAGACUUCCCAACCAAAACCUCCUCAUCACAAAUGUUCUUCAUCUCCUCCUAAUAAAGAGGAGAUCCCAGAAGAGGAAGAAGCUCUUUCCAGGAAGCUCAUUCCAGAGGAGCCGACAAUGGGCUGUGCCCGAACUAGUCCUCAGCAAUUUUCUAGAAAUUGUAAAACUGGAGCCUCCGGUGGUCCUGGGGACUUGAUGAGUGUUAGAACUAGUGGUGUUGUAAGUCAUGAAGCUCAGUCAAAAGGCUUGUCCAGUAAAAUGGUUGAUCUUGAGCAAAGCCCCUAUAGGAAUAGUAAGUCAUUAGGUCCUGUUGGCAAAGACAAUUGUUCUAGUGACUGUACCAGUUCUUACAACAUAGUGGGAGCAGUGUGUACCGUCACCAGUCCCACGAGUCCAGUUCAUGGGGGCAGCCGUCGUCCAGACAGUCCAGUUCACGGGGGCAGCCGUUGUCCAGACAGUCCAGUUCAAGGGGGCAGCUGUCGUCCAGACAGUCCAGUUCAAGGGGGCAGCCGUCGUCCAGACAGUCCAGUUCAUGGGGGCAUCCGUCGUCCAGACAGUCCAGUUCACAGGGGCAGCCGUCGUCCAGAGAGUCCAGUUCAUGGGGGCAUCCGUCGUCCAGACAGUCCAGUUCACAGGGGCAGCCGUCGUCCAGACAGUCCAGUUCAAGGGGGCAGCCUUCGUCCAGACAGUCCAGUUCAAAGGGGCAGCCGUCGUCCAGACAGUCCAGUUCACAGGGGCAGCCGUCGUCCAGACAGUCCAGUUCAAAGGGGCAGCCGUCGUCCAGACAGUCCAGUUCACAGGGGCAGCCGUCGUCCAGACAGUCCAGUUCAAGGGGGCAGCCUUCGUCCAGACAGUCCAGUUCAAAGGGGCAGCCGUCGUCCAGACAGUCCAGUUCACGGGGGCAUCCGUCGUCCAGACAGUCCAGUUCAAGGGGGCAGCCGUCGUCCAGACAGUCCAGUUCACGGGGGCAUCCGUCGUCCAGACAGUCCAGUUCAAGGGGGCAGCCGUCGUCCAGACAGUCCAGUUCAAGGGGGCAGCCGUCGUCCAGACAGUCAAACGUGUGAACCCGGAAUCUUCAGUGCUGCAGCUCAUGGAAACACCAACCCAGUGGCUCCGACCUGCAGGAGCGUCAAUGGAAACUACAGUACAGUUCACCCUUCCUACAGGAACAUCAGUCUGAGUGGUCCAAACCAAGGAAGUUCCGACUCCCAGGGUCAUUCCUUUGGAAAUAACCAGACCUGUGUGAAUAAUAUUUCCGGGGUCUCUACGUAUAGAAACUGUUUUCAUGGGAGCGAGACCUGUUGGCAAUUCUCACCUGGUAAUCCAACCAACGGAGGCUUGAACAGGAUGCGUGGACACUUGACCCGAGACCUUGAAUGUGAAAGAAACUCCGACAGCUGUGGAGACGUCAUGGAUCCCCUGGCAGGCGAGGACGAGGACGAGGACGAGGAGGACGAGGGUCCAGGCUGCAGCGGGAGCCGGCGCUCCGACCUCACCAGGCGCAUCGCCAACUCUUCAGGCUUCCUGGGAGAUCGCUUCAAAUGUGUGACCACGGAGCUUUACUCCGACUCCAGCCAGCUGAGCAGAGAGCAGAGAGCACUGCAGCGUGCGAUGCUGCGAUUCUCUGAGCUGGAGCUGAGGAAGAAAGAGGGAGGAAGAGAAGAUGAAGAAGGGAUGACAGCAGCAGGAGGCCAGGAGGGAGACGGAGGCAGGGAGGAGGAAGAGGAGGAGGAGGAGGAGGAGGGGAAGAAGAAAAAGGGAGGAGGAGGAGGAGAGAGAAGAAGAAAUCUGUCUGCAGCCACUGAGGAACCGAGAGGUUCUCAGUCCCCGUGUCCCAACAGCCACACCCCCGUCCCACAACGCCGUCACCCGCCUGACGAUGAACACGCCCCCGUCCCACCACGCCGUCACCCGCCUGAGGAUGAACACGCCCCCGUCCCACCACGCCGUCACCCGCCUGAGGAUGAACACGCCCCCGUCCCACCACGCUGUCACCCGCCUGAGGAUGAACACGCCCCCGUCCCUCCACGCUGUCGCCCGCCUGAGGAUGAACACGCCCCUGUCCCACCACGCUGUCACCCGCCUGAGGAUGAACACGCCCCCGUCCCUCCACGCUGUCGCCCGCCUGAGGAUGAGCACGCCCCUGUCCCACCACGCUGUCGCCCGCCUGAGGAUGAACACGCCCCCGUCCCUCCACGCUGUCGCCCGCCUGAGGAUGAACACGCCCCUGUCCCACCACGCUGUCGCCCGCCUGAGGAUGAACACGCCCCCGUCCCACCACGCUGUCGCCCCCCUGAGGAUGAACACGCCCCCGUCCCUCCACGCUGUCGCCAGGAUGAACACGCCCCCGUCCCUCCACGCUGUCGCCAGGAUGAACACGCCCCCGAGGAGGAGAGGAAGAACAAGGGGAGAAAUUUCAUCUCACAGCCAGAACAACAAAGGUUUCCACCCACAGUCAGGAGUCUGUUACAGAGACACGCCUCCAUGCCGACGUGGUCGCCGGCAGGUUCGAUUCCCGGCACAGGGGAAAACUGGAGAAGCAUCUUCAGUCUGGAACCUUUUCACCAGAGCAGCAUCGGGAGACUGAAGAAAGGAAGGGUGGAGGAGACGAGGGAGGAGGAGACGAAUGGGGAAGAGAGGAUGGAAGAAAGGAUGGAGAAGGAGAGGAGGAGGGAGGAGAGAAGGGAGGAGACGAGGGAGGAAGAGAAGAAGGAGGAGGAGAGGACAGAGGAGACAAGGGAGGGAAACCCCAACAAGUUCACUCAAGACGACGUGAACAGGCUGAAAGUUCGCAUCGAGCUGAACGGCCUCCGUCUCAACAAGGCCCGCCUCCCCAGGGAGCCCGGCCAGAGGUCGGCAGAGGUCAACAGGAUGUUCAGAGCGCACUGCCGAGGCGUCAGGGGGAGGUCAGAGGUCAGCGGGGGAUGGCGUGACCCUGUGUCUGUGAGGAGGGACGGUCCGACAGUUUGCCAUGUGGCCCCACCCCCCUCUGCCACCCAUCUCCCCCGGCAACCGGCCCCCGCAUCCAUGUCCCGCGUUGCCUCGUCCCGCCUCCAGGACAAGCAUCAGAAGCUGAGGGAGAAUCGCAGGGUCCUCACCUUCCUCCCGUCCUCACCUCCUCUUCCUCCCCGCUCCACCUCACCUUACCACCAUCGCUCCCGCUGCCAUGACGACAGCGACCUCGAGCGGCCGAAGGGCAAACGUCCGUGUAAGAGGAAGCACAUUGGAGGAGCGAGUGACGAGGAGACGGAGGAGAAGAACGGCAGGGUUUCUCCGUCAGACUCGUCUCGCUCGCCUGCCCAUCUCCCUCCCUCUCUGCAGAACACACUCACCCGCCCCGUCCCUCCAGAGCUGCGACGACUCAUCGUGAACAAAAACGCCGGGGAGACGCUGCUGCAGCGCGCCGCCCGCAGGGGAUACGAGGAGGUGGUGCUGUACUGUCUGGAGAGACGUCUGUGCGACGUCAACCACCGAGACAACGCCGGCUACUGCGCCCUGCACGAGGCCUGCGCCCGUGGCUGGCUGGGGAUUGUACACCACCUGGUGGAGAACGGCGCAGACGUCAAUUGCAGCGCUCAGGAUGGAACCAGGCCACUUCACGAUGCCGUGGAGAAUGACCACGUGGAGGUGGUGCGCCUCCUGCUGGCCUGCGGCGCCGACCCCACCCUCACCUCUUACUCUGGACGAGCACCUGUCGACAUGACCCACAGCGCUGCCAUGGAAACCUUCCUGGAGGACUAUCUCUCUGACCUCCAGGGACGGUCGGAGGGCGACCCGGGAACGUGCUGGGAGUUUUACGGCAGCGCAGUGUGCGAACCGUCCAGUGACGGAGGAGUUAUUAACAUCCUGUCCGAUCCACCGGGGCCUGAGGAGGAGGACGAGGAGGAGGAAGAGGAGGACGAGGAGCAGCGUGCGAGGAGGGAGGUGUUCGAGUUCGAGCUGUCGGACCGCCCGCUGCUGCCCUGCUACAACCUGCAGGUGGCGCUGUCACAGAGUCGGAGGAACUGGCUCCUCCUCUCCGACGUCUUAGGUCGCCUCCGGAUGACAUCACGUUCUUUCCGGCGCCUCUUCCCUCAGCUCAACGUGCAGUCGAUCCUCGAGGACCAGUUCCAGCGCCAGGCGUCGCUGUCGCAGGUCCUGACGCGUCCUGACGAGCAGGAGCUGGUCUCCGUCAGAGCUUCCGUGGAGCUGGUGGAGGCCACGCCGGAGCUCGCCGGAAUGCUCGGCUCUUCCCUGGAGUUUGUGGAAAGUCGCUUGGACUUACAAGGAAGUAAAACUGUUCUGGAUCCGAACCUGACAACUAGCGUGAGUCUGUGGGAACAACAGCGACCACGAAGGAAGAAUGACGGACAUGCUAAUGCUUUUUAUUUGGACGCUAAUAUAGAUGCUAACAUGUGGGAACAACAACAACGACAACGUAGUAAGGACCCUGCGAUAGCUAACUGUGCUAAUCCCAAUGCUAAAAUUGAUGCUAACAUGUGGGAACAACAAUGUAGUAAGGACACUGCGAUAGCUAACUGUGCUAAUCCCAAUGCUAAGAUAGAUGCUAACAUGUGGGAACAACAAUGUAGUAAGGACAAUGCGAUAGCUAACUGUGCUAAUCCCAAUGCUAAGAUAGAUGCUAACAUGUGGGAACAACAAUGUAGUAAGGACAAUGCGAUAGCUAACUGUGCUAAUCCCAAUGCUAAGAUAGAUGCUAACAUGUGGGAACAACAAUGUAGUAAGGACACUGCGAUAGCUAACUGUGCUAAUCCCAAUGCUAAGAUAGAUGCUAACAUGUGGAAACCUCAGAGACUUCGAAGUCGGAACCCUGUGAAUUCUGACUCUGCUCCAUCGGAACCUCAGCGACUUUGGAAUAAGAACACUGGAAAUACUAAUCCUUCCAAUUCAAAUGGUGCGGCGGAGGCUAACACGCGGAGACGACAACAUCAAGGGAACCAGACCGAAGGGGAUAAGGAUUCUACAAACACAGCUGCUCCACCGGAUCGUAGCGUUUGGGAACCACAACGACUGCGAAGCAAGAACGCCGCGACCAGGAGCCCUGUGAAACCAGAUGCUAGGGAAGAAGCUAACAUGUGGGAACGUCAUGGAAUCAGGAGAGUGUGUGGCAUCAGCACAGCAGCUCGAGGAGAAGUGGACGUCGUUGAUGCUCACGGAGCGAAGACCAUCAAGCUGGACGCUGCCUGGCAAAGGACUCUGGGUAAUGUGAGAGUCCACAUCAGAGACCUGGGGCUGAACGUUGGCGAUGUGAAGAAGGAGCAAGAGAAGAAAAAAGCAUCAUGACAGAACAGGACAUAAGAACUCACAACAACACAGAAGUACAGUUUACACAACGUUAAUAUAAAUAUGUUGAUGACAUCACACGUGAACUGACGAGGUCUGGUGUCAGUAGGAUUCUCUUUCUAUCCUUGGUUCUGGUCCCUUGGUUCUGGUCCAGGAGCUCUCUUGUUUCCUUCCUGUGGAUUUGUAUCAACUUCCUGUCGACUUUUGUCAACAAAAUAUUUCUUGUCCAAUAAAAACCAAGAAGGAAAUGA